AUGGCCUUGCCCGCUUCUUCGAACAAGGCAAGCACUGCGAUAUGGGCAGCCUAUGCGCCCGACCGUUUACCGUCUGCCAUGCGUUCAAAAUUCAGAACCACAAGUAUCGACGUACUUUGCUAUAAGCUCGCAGAAUUGCUCCCACGUCGCGUGUUGCCCGAGGACUAUAGGAAGGCAGAACGAAAGACUCUAAUAUUCUCUCAGUUCACGCAGAUACUCGAAAUCCUUCAAGCGAUUUCGAAGCUGAAGGCUUUUCAACUUCCAAUCAUGACUGGCUCCAUUGCCGUAGAUAUCAACGCGUCCGUCAUUGCCCGCGUCGAUCGCGGAAAGUCCACCCCUCGCCCACGCCCUCAUCCCAAAGGCAACGACUCGGAGUUCUUGAUCGACUCGAUCGACUCACCUGGUCAUGACAAGUCACGGCCCGCUCUCCGCAUCCAACUGACGGCGCUCUGGUUGUCGUCGCCGACUGUAUCGAAAGUGUACAGACGGAGACGGCGCUUCAUCAAGCGCGUAUGGUGCAUAUCAAACCUGUCGUUAUCAUCAACAAGGUCGACCGCGCUUUACUUGGGCUCCAAAUUUCAGAAGAGGACUUGUACCGGUCGUACCAGCGUACCAGCGACUGCCCUUUGUGACGUCCAGGCUUUCACCCUCUACCAGUUCGCUGGUCGCUUCGGUGCGCAUAAAGACAAGCUUUUGGCUAGACUCUGGGGUGAUAACUACUUCAACUCUGCCGCUCGCAAGUGGGGUACGAAGGCCUCCGAUGCCAAGGUCAACACGUUCGUCCUCAAUCCCAUAUUCAUGAUUUUCGAUGAUCUCGAAGGCAAUGCUCUCCUCAAGGUCGUCAUGCGCAAGUUCUUGCCCGCUGGCGACUCCCUCCUGGAGACGACAAUUAUCAACCUUUCUUCCCCCGCCUCUGCUCAACGCAGCUGCGUUAAGACGCUCUACGAAGGUCUCAGCGAUGAUGAGUCUGCCAUUGACCCUACCUGUCAAAGACGGCGCCCACUUCGGAUAAGGGACGCCUGCGGUCUUGCGUUCUCCGGUACCGUUCGUUCUGGUCCCGAGAUCCAUAUCCAGGGCCCCGACUACGAGCCUGGAAAUAAGGCUGACUUAUUCGUCAAGUCAGUCCAGUACACGGCGCUCAUGAUGGGUCAUUACAUGGAGUCUAUUCAAGAUCGCCCUACCGGUAACUUCUGCGGUCUCGUCAGUAUUGACCAGUUCUUGCUCAAAAGCGGAACUAUCAUCACCUCUGUGACUGCACAUGACGCGAGGGUCAUGAAGUUUUCCGAGUCUACUGCCGUGGAGGUUGCUGUUGAGGUCAAGAACGACAGAAGCGCCAUCUUAAGGCGACUGUAUAGAGCCCUCGUUCUGUUUCUCCCUUUCUUUCCGGUUCCUUCGGGGAAGUCGCAAUCUCAUGACCGUGUCAAGGCUGAGUCCUCAAUCGUGGCCUUGUCCAAGUCGCAGAACAAACGCAAUCAUCUCCACCCGGUCUCCACGGCUAUCGAGGCGCCUUCCAGCUUCCCAACCGAUGGGAAAGCAGAUCGCCCUAGAUCGCCCUCCGCUGCCAUCGAAGGCAAGUCAAAGUCAACGAUCGCGCAGCUUCAAGCAAGAGAGCGCGUGUGCCAUUUCUUUGCCAAUUUGUUUGCUCAAAUAUUUUCAGAGGCGCGCCGUAAACGAGGUGAAGUCGCAAAGCACGCGUCAAUGUUGACUGGCCGUGACAUGACGCAACUUCUGGCUGCAACGUCCAUACCCCUCCCAAAAAGGCGCUAUGGCCCUGCAAAACAGCGGAAGGCGUUCAUGCUGCGAAGGACUGCCACCCAUAUCUGCGACUACUGGUCCAAAACUGCACCUACGUUUCGCAUUCCAGUUGUGAAAAUUAAGCAGCUUGCAGAGCGGUCAAAGCCUAGCAAAGCGGAUGAAGCUUAUGCUACCUAG